AUGUCGCGGUACGUUCUCCGUGCUAGCCGAAUGGCUGCUUCCGCAAGGCCUGCCACUUUUGCGAGGACCGCCUUGACUCCAGCUUUCGCCAUCCGUGCUGCCCGAACCUACUCUGCUUCCGCGGCCACCAAGGAGUAUACCGUUCGCGAUGCGCUAAAUGAGGCGCUAGCGGAAGAGCUCGAGUCCAACCCGAAGGUGUUCGUGAUGGGUGAAGAGGUAGCCCAAUACAACGGAGCCUACAAGGUUACCAAGGGUUUGCUCGACAGGUUUGGCGAUAAGAGGGUGAUUGAUACACCCAUUACUGAAAGCGGAUUCACCGGUCUGGCUGUGGGCGCUGCCCUCAGUGGUCUUCACCCUGUUUGCGAAUUCAUGACGUGGAACUUUGCCAUGCAAGCGAUAGACCAGAUCGUCAACUCGGCAGCAAAAACACUAUACAUGUCUGGAGGUAUCCAGCCAUGCAAUAUCACAUUCCGUGGUCCAAAUGGCUUCGCUGCUGGUGUCGCCGCUCAGCACUCCCAGGACUACUCUGCCUGGUAUGGUAGCAUCCCGGGACUUAAAGUCGUCGCCCCCUGGAGCGCCGAAGACGCAAAGGGUCUCCUCAAAGCAGCUAUCAGGGACCCCAACCCUGUCGUUGUCCUCGAGAACGAACUGAUGUACGGUCAAUCUUUCCCCAUGUCCGAGGCCGCCCAGAAGGAUGACUUCGUGCUUCCAAUCGGAAAGGCCAAGAUUGAGCGCGUCGGCAAGGACCUUACAAUUGUGUCGCUAUCUCGAUGCGUAGGCCAGUGCAUGAUCGCGGCCGAGAAUCUGAAGAACAAGUACGGCGUUGAGGCUGAAGUCCUCAACCUUCGAUCAGUCAAGCCCAUGGAUGUCGAAUCUAUCGUCAAAUCCGUCAAGAAGACACGGCGACUACUUGCUGUCGAAUCCGGCUUCCCCGCCUUCGGCGUUGGUUCGGAAAUUCUAGCGUUGACCAUGGAAUAUGCCUUUGACUAUCUGGAUGCCCCGGCCCAGCGUAUCACCGGAGCUGAGGUUCCGACGCCAUACGCGCAGAAUCUCGAAGAGAUGAGUUUCCCGACCGAGCAGUUAAUCGAGAAUUACGCAGCCAAGAUGCUUCGGGUGACAUUGAGAAUACUCACCCACGCCAUGGCCUGUGAGGAUGCCUUGCAGGCCUGUAUGGAGAGGUUAUCGGUUCUGAGCUGUGGCGCUGAGGAACGAGAGGAUAAACCCGUAUCCGUCAUCGACGACCUACUGGCUGGAGGACCCAGACCAGUGAAUCGAAGGAAACCUGCCACUAUAAGCAACGAGCACUUGAAGCAACAGCUCGAGGGCGAAUUUUUGGCGCCUUCCGCAUCGUUUCCCCCGGAGUGGCUGGAUCGGUUUCAACAACGCUGGGAGAGCCUGGUAGAGUUCUCGGAACUGUUCCACCUCGCUCCAACCCAGAGUCGAACAGUCACACGAUUUGUUCGUCAUGGCCUAGAGGGCCGGGUGACGGGGUACAAAAGUGUAACGGUGCCGGCGAACAGCGCCACUGCCAAAAACUCCACCUCUUUCCUGCGGAAACCGGCAGGCAGGGCUGACUUUGUUCGCGGCGCCGCCGGCUUUUUCCCUUUUGCUCCGGGAGGCCUUGACGGUAUCGAGGCUGCUGCUGCAUAUGAGGAUCUGCAGCUUGCCGAUGGCGCUGACACCAAGGCAGGUGCUUCUAACAAGCUGGAGAGAGUCAUUACCCUAGGCGCCGAGGGUGGGCUGUUGGAAGUAGCACCCGGACUAUCACGGGGCAUCAAUUUUGGAAAGAAAACACCUCUGGCUGAGGAAGAUGAGAGUCAGCAAGUGGUGCGAGAGCUCAGAGAGGAGCCGGAUCAGAUACAUGUCUCCGAAGGCGUCGACGGAGAAAUCGUAUCGCCUGCUGCUGGGGAGGAGAGUCCUGAAUCUGACGAGGAUGCGGAAGAAGACAUCGAUGCCAUUCUCCCCGUCGAGUUCCCCGCGUUGGAGCCCCACGGAAUCCUGGCGGCAUCCAGUACCCGCAGGGCUGGCCGGGAAUAUGCACACAUGGUAGACAUCAAACGAGAAAUGGCAAACUUCGCAGAGCUAGUGCCGGACAUGGCUAGAGAAUGGCCGUUCGAGCUCGAUACCUUCCAAAAGGAGGCCGUCUAUCAUCUCGAAAACGGCGACUCCGUUUUCGUCGCCGCCCAUACGUCAGCCGGAAAGACAGUCGUGGCGGAGUACGCCAUCGCCCUAGCUGCCAAGCACAUGACCAAGGCGAUAUAUACCUCGCCCAUCAAGGCUCUAAGCAAUCAAAAGUUUAGAGACUUCCGUCUUACCUUCGACGAUGUUGGGAUCCUCACCGGAGAUGUUCAGAUCAAUGCCGAAGCUAGCUGCCUCAUCAUGACGACAGAAAUCUUGCGGAGCAUGCUCUACCGUGGCGCUGACCUGAUUCGAGACGUCGAAUUCGUGAUUUUCGAUGAGGUCCAUUACGUCAAUGAUUUCGAGCGCGGCGUCGUGUGGGAGGAGGUUAUCAUCAUGCUACCGGACCAUGUGUCCCUCAUCCUCCUCUCUGCCACGGUCCCAAACACGUAUGAAUUCGCCUCAUGGGUAGGCCGGACCAAGAAGAAGGAUAUUUACGUCAUCUCGACGACCAAGAGGCCAGUGCCAUUGGAACAUUACCUCUGGGCGGGCAAGGCUAUCCACAAAAUAGUCGAUUCCGAGAAGCGGUUCCUGGAGCAAGGUUGGAAAGAUGCCAACCAUGCACUUCAGGGGAAGACGAGAACCCUUACAGAGAGUUCUGCUGGGGCACGAGGAGGAGGCCGGGGCCACGGUAGAGGUGGCAACCAGCGAGGCGGCCAAAGGGGCUCUGGGCAGCGAGGAAACUCUUCUCGAGGAGGCGGUGGCCGGGGCGGAGGCCGAGGUGGACCUUCGCGUGCCAGCCACGCUCCUGGUCAUAUGGGUAGAACCGGACGUCCAGGUGGGUAUACGUCCGCUGCCCAAGACAAAACGCUCUGGGUCCACAUGGUCCAUUUCCUGAAGAAGAACAGCCUUCUCCCGGCCUGUAUAUUUGUCUUCUCCAAGAGGAGAUGCGAGGAGAAUGCCGAUGCUCUUAGCAAUCAGGAUUUUUGCACUGCAUCCGAGAAGAGUGCCAUCCACAUGACGAUCGAGAAGUCUAUUGCGAGGUUAAAGCCCGAAGACCGGGUGCUUCCCCAAAUCAUCCGCCUACGAGAUCUUUUAGGCCGAGGUAUCGCUGUACACCACGGUGGUCUACUCCCUAUCGUCAAGGAACUGGUCGAGAUCUUGUUCGCCCAAACACUCGUCAAAGUCCUAUUUGCGACGGAAACUUUUGCCAUGGGCCUUAAUCUUCCCACCCGCACUGUCGUCUUUUCUGGGUAUCGAAAGCAUGAUGGCCAUUCCUUCCGCAAUUUGCUUCCCGGUGAAUACACCCAAAUGGCGGGUAGGGCUGGUCGGAGAGGGCUGGACAGUGUUGGUUCUGUCAUAAUUGUACCACCAGGCGGAGACGAGGCACCUCCUGCCGGCGAGCUGCGGACCAUGAUCCUGGGCGAACCGUCCAAGUUGCGAUCUCAGUUCAGGCUCACCUACAACAUGAUAUUGAACCUUCUGCGGGUUGAGGCGCUCAAGAUAGAGGAGAUGAUUAAGCGUAGCUUCUCGGAGCAUGCCACCCAGCAGCUUCUCCCCGAGCAUGAGAAAGCUGUUAGACUGUCCGAGGCCGACCUUGCCCGCGUCAAGCGAGAUAGCUGCGACGUCUGUGAUGGCGUCGUGGACGAGUGCCACGGGGCCUCGCAAACAUAUCGCCAGUUGACGACCGAGCUAUAUAAAGGGCUCUUGGCUAUCCCUAUCGGACGCAAGAUGUUUACUGCCCAGCGCUUGAUCGUCUACAGUAGGGACGGAAUACGGACUCCCGGUAUCCUACUCGCUGAAGGUACCAGCAUCAAGGGCUCCCCCAAUAACCCGAUGGUCCAUGUUCUCGAGAUUAAAACCGCAAAGAAACACGUACAUAUCAAGACGGCCCACGUCCCGGUUGAGGACAUCAUCUGCCUCACAAGAUAUGUUACCAAAGGCAUUGUGCCCGAAAUAUUCCAGGGUGGGGAUGCCGGCCGCAGAGCAAAGGAACGGAUUCAUGGUCUAUGCCGCUCAUGGGAUGGUAUCUGGGAGGAGGCGGACAUGUCACGAUUCAAAAGCCUAUAUUUGCAGGAGUUGGUGGAGAGGAGAAAGAAGGCGGCUGCCACGGCAGCAGCUUCGCCCGCUUUACGUUGCCCCGACUUUGUAAAACACUUCGCAAUGUGUCACGACCAGUGGCUUAUCAAAGAUCACAUUUCCCAGCUCCGCCAGGCUCUUUCGGACCAAAACCUCCAGCUCCUUCCGGAUUACGAACAGCGGAUCCAGGUACUUAAAGAUCUCAAGUUCAUCGACGAUGACACGCGCAUUCAACUCAAGGGCAAGGUUGCCUGCGAGAUACAUUCAGGAGACGAACUUGUCCUCACUGAGCUCAUCCUGGACAAUGUCCUGGCGGACUACGAACCAGCAGAAAUUGCGGCCCUUCUUUCUGCAUUCGUGUUCCAGGAGAAGACUGAUUGUGAGCCCUCACUGACAAGCAAGUUGGAACGGGGCAGAGCAACUAUCGUGGAAAUCAGCGAGAAGGUGAACGAAGUCCAGACGCUGCAUCAAGUUAUCCAAUCUUCCGACGAAUCAAACGACUUUGUGUCGCAACCCCGGUUUGGCCUCAUGGAAGUUGUCUAUGAGUGGGCUAGGGGGAUGAGUUUCAAAAACAUCACGGAUUUGACCGACGUCCUCGAAGGCACUAUUGUCCGCACCAUCACCCGCCUAGACGAGACAUGCCGCGAGGUAAAGAACGCGGCGCGCAUUGUGGGAGACCCUGAGCUUUACCAGAAGAUGCAGGCCGCCCAGGAAAUGAUCAAGCGAGAUAUCACGGCAGUCGCUAGCUUAUACAUGUGA